CUAUUGUUUAGUUAGUAACUUUGGCAUGAUUUUAUUUUAUCGAAUGUAUGUGCUAUUUAUUCAUAACACGUUAUAGCAGUUAAUCACUGGAGGUUAAAAAAAAUGAAAGGAAAAAACUUACAAGAAAAACUAUUUUUUUAAAUGUGUUAUUUUAGAUGAAUAAUCAAUGUCUGUUUAGAGCAGACUACUGAUCUAGCGCUCCAGCCACGAUAAACCGAGGACUUCACUUUAUUGUGAAAAACAACGCCGAGUGGACUCGGCGACUCCGAGACGUUCCAAGAUGGCGGCCGGGCGAGGGUCGUUCUUACUGAGCUUCCUGGAGGGUUUGAGCAGGAACCGAACCGAGCCGAACUGCGGCCGAACGGCUCCGGCAGCACCACAGUCGCGUGCUGCACCGGGUCCGACCGGAAGCGAGUCGGGUCCAACGGGCGGGAAGAGACAAACGAACCCGCCGAACGGGGAGGUUUGCAGAUGGAAGGAAUAUGAAACCGAUUCAACUUCUCCGUCUGUAGACAACUUCAUGGAAAGGCUGCCGCCCGAGAUCGUGCUGAAGAUCCUUUCGUACCUGGACGCCUCGUCGCUGUUCUGCGUCAGUCACGUCAGCAAAACCUUCCACCAGCUCGCCGCCGCCGAUGAAAUCUGGCGUGAGAUCUACGUCUCCGAUUUUGGGAGCCAAUCAUGGAGGCCGAAGCCGGCGGCUGAUGCGUCUCCGGGGGUCGACUCGGCGGCGGCUCGGCCGGGUCAUUGGAAGAAGACGUACUUCAGGACGAUCGGACAGGAGGUGAACAAGUGGAGGAGCAAGAUGAGAGACGUCAACCCCAACAGCGGUUUGCCUCGGAGUACGGAGCGGGUCCUCAGGAGCCUGAAGGUGAGCUGGCAGCUGACGCUCACCUGCUGCUCCGGGCGGGAGAUCACGGUGGAGCCGAGCCGGGCCCACUUCUUCCAAUCCUCGGCCAUCGUCUUCUUCUCUGGAGACGGACGCCUCCCCCGACUCGGUCAGGUCCGAAGCCUCCGCCUGUACGGAGUCAGGGAGGGGAGGAGCCUCCGGGGCGGGAGGCCCGGCUGGCGCUCUCUCAUCCUGCAGCUGGACGCCAGGACUCGCUGCUGCUUUUUCGGCAGAGACCAGCUGGUGACUCUGAGGCGUCUGCAGCCCGCCGUCACCGUGGCAACCUGGAGGGGUGAAGACACAGUCGCCUUCGUCAUGGUCACACUGCACCUCCACAAACUGGUGGAGAGAAGUCUGCUGGGAUCUCCAGUCUGCCCGUACUCAGAGCCCCUCGGCCCGCCUCCUGUGGGGAAAUUGGACCCCGAAGUCGGGCUGCAAGGCUACUCGCUGCACUUGGUCCUGCACAACACCGGCUCAGAGAUCAUGAAGGGGUACUUCCGCCAACUGUGCUGUUGCCCAGGUGGGAUCCAGCACGGCCUGCUGGAGAUCAGGGUCAUCAGCAGGAACAACGUGUCCCAGCACCGGUCGCUCUCUGGGGUCAUCGAGCUGCCCUGGAGGAGCGAGGCCAUGGAGGGCUCCGUGGAGAACUGCUGCGUCAUGACGCUGACUCUGCUGGAUGACUCCCAGAAGCCUCUCUGGUGCGUCAGCUCCUCCGUCGCCGUCGUCGGGGCGACGGGGCCUCCGCCCCUCGACUACGCCGGCGAGCACUUCCUGAUGCGCCACUGCGACCACGGGGGUCAGGUGACCAUGAGGCUGGUCCGGCUGACGGAGCAGAGGCAGUUCCUCGUGGUCGACCUCGUGGUCCGCGUCGCCGUCGCAGCUCCUACGUCGAUCGAUGUGUUUGAUCAGCGUAUCGGAAGCUGCUAUUCGUGAUAAAACGACGUGUCAAAGCCUUUGUUCGCUUAUUUGGCUCCGAAUGGCGUUGGUGUGUCACUGCUUUUGGUUUCUAUUACACUUGGAACGGAAUAUAUAUUAAAUAUAAAAAUAAUAAUUUUGUUUCAUUGUUCAAAAGUACGUCUUUUUCUGCAAGAGUUUAAGAAAAGAGGAUUUAUUUAUUAGUUUGGACUUUUUUAGUUGAAGAAAAGCUUUAAAGUGUGUUUAUUUGAAUGUUUUACAGGAAGUCUUGUAAU